UCUCUCUCUCUCUCUCUCUCUAUCGCAUCCUCUGAGAGAACAGGAGUGUUCUACAUAUGAUGAAACACACAAUCACAUGUGUGUGUGAAUACACAUACAACUUAAAGCGAAGCAAGUGAUCUCUGCUAAGAGGAGCAUUCAGAGUGAAUAAGGAAUGAAUUGUUGAAGAUUUAAAAGAGUUAGUUACAAGAGAGAGAAAGAUAAUGAAGAGGUCUAGAGAUGAUGUGUAUAUGAGUUCUGAACUCAAACGCCCCAUCGUCUCUUCUCGCCCUCAACCGUCUGGGCAUGGACAACCCCAGAUGAUGGGUGGAAGCAGCAUACAGAAACUAACAACAAACGAUGCCCUAGCAUACCUCAGAGCAGUGAAGGAAAGAUUUCAAGAUAACAAGAAAAAAUAUGAUGAGUUUCUUGAAGUUAUGAAGGAUUUCAAGUCUCAAAGAAUUGACACAGCUGGUGUCAUAGCAAGAGUAAAGGAAUUAUUUAAAGGGCAUCGAGACCUAAUUUUGGGUUUCAAUACCUUUUUACCAAAGGGAUACGAGAUUACCCUUCUACCCGAUGAUAUACCUCAUCGGGUGAAGAAACUGGUCCAAUUUGAUGAAGCAAUGGACUUUGUGAACAAAAUCAAGGUUGCGGCUCUUUUCCACGACAAUCAUGACCUGCUUGAGGAGUUCACUCAUUUUCUACCUGAUCCUUUGGUAGCAACCUCUGUUCAUUAUGCUCCGCCUGGUAGGAAUUCCAUUUCGCGUCGUGAUGAUAGGGGCUCACCAAUGACCAUAAUGAGGCCUGUGCAUGUUGAUAAGAAGGCUACUGCUUCACAUGUUGACUAUGACCGCAGUGUUGACCGGCCAGAACCUGGCCAUGAUAAAGCAGUAAUGAGAACUGCCAAAGAACAGCGGAGGCGUAGUGAAAUUGUGAAGGAAAGAAGGGAAGACAGAGACCGAAGAGGACGAGAGUGGGAUGAUAGAGACUUUGAUCAAGAAGGUCUUUUCCAUAAACGAAAAUCUGCUCGCAGGGAAGACUCUGUUGCUGACCAAUUUCACCACGGUGGGGAAGAAGCUGAACUCUUUGGAACAGGAAUAGGUAUUUGCAACCAGGAGUCUGCUUUCUGUGAGAAGGUGAAGGAGAGAUUAUGCAAUUCUGAUGAAUACCAGGAAUUUUUAAAGUGCCUUCAUAUCUACAACAAAGAUAUAAUAACGCGUGCACAAUUGCAGUCUUUGGUGGAUGAUCUUCUAGGAAGAUAUCCAGACCUUAUGGAAGGGUUUGAUGAAUUCUUAGCUCAAUAUGCGAAGAUUGAUGGUUGUCUUGCUGGUUUCGUGAAUAAAAGAUCAUUGUUACUCGGUUCUGUGAAGGUAGAUGAUAGGGAUAGAGAACGAGAUCACGAGAAGGGACACAGAUAUAAGGAUUGUGACGACAGAGAAAGGGGUAGAUCUGACAAAGGUCUAGACUUUCGAAGUAAAGAUAUAGCAGGACAAAAGAUGUCUAUAUAUUCUAGCAAGGAUAAGUACAUGGAAAAAUCAAUUCAAGAACUUGACCUCUCCAACUGGGAGCGCUGUUCACCUAGUUAUCUUUUUUGGCCGAAGAAUUAUCCAUCUCCUUUAGCAAGUCAGACUGAAGAGGCUGAAGCUGAAGUAUUGAAUAGUCUUUUGGUGUCCGUCACUUCAGGAAGUGAGGACUACUCUUUUAAACAUAUGCGCAAAAACCAGUAUGAAGAAAGCUUGUUCCGAUGCGAAGAUGACAGGUUUGAACUGGACAUGUUGUUAGGAAAUGUGAAUGCAACAGCAAAACGUGUAGAAGAACUACUAGACAAGAUCAAUAACAAAGCAUUCCAGCCAGAGAGUCUGAUUUGUAUUGAAGACCAUUUGACAGCUCUGAAUAUGAGGUGCAUUGAACGUUUAUAUGGUGACCAUGGGCUUGAUGUGAUUGAUGUAUUAAAGAAGAAUGCACCUCUUGCGCUGCCCAUAAUAUUAACCCGCUUGAAGCAGAAACAAGAAGAGUGGACAAGCUGUCGUUUUGAUUUUAGUAAAGUUUGGGCUGAAAUCUUUGCUAAGAACCAUCACAAAUCACUCGAUCAUCGCAGCUUCUAUUUCAAGCAACAAGACAAAAAGAACUUGAGCACUAAAGUGUUGUUGGCUGAGAUCAAAGAAAUCAGUGAAAAGAAGAUCAAAGAGGAUGACGUGCUGUUAUCUAUUGCUGCUGGAAAUAUACGACAUAUCGUUCCGGAUAUGAAAUUGGAGUACCCUGAUUCAGACAUCCAUGAAGAAUUAUAUCAGUUAAUCAAAUAUUCCUGUGGAGAAGUUUGUACAGCUGAACAGGUGGACAAGGUCAUGAAGAUCUGGACAACCUUCCUGGAACCAAUUCUUGGUGUUCCUUCAUGGUCUCGAAGCCCCAAAGACACUGAAGGUGUUGUGAUGGCUAAAAAUUAUGUUGCGAAAAGUAUGGCCGCUAUUGUGGGAAAAAGUGAUGGCAGUCCUAGUGGCAGAGCUAUCAUUAAUUGCAAACAAUCACAUACUUGCACAAGUGGAGAUGAGAAUACUCAACCUGAACAUUCAAGCUCCUCCAGAGCAUGGUUAGUAAAUGGCAAUAAUGGGUUUAAAGAAGAUGGUUCUUUUGACGCAGAUCAUGUUACACAGAAGGGUGAUACUUGUAAAAUCCCUAAACAUGGAACAAUGAAGACGAAUGCUAAUGUGGCGGAUGAAACAUCUGGGGUCAGCAAACAAGUUGCUUUGAAUGAACCGCUAGCCAAUUCAAAUAUAUCACUUGCCGCUGGAGCAGAAAAAAAUCUUGGAAGAGUCAACGGCGAAAAUACUUUAGGGCUUUGCACUUUUCCUUCCGGACCUGGUAAUGCUGCUGUUGACAACAGUCUUGAGAUGAGGCCUCAGAGAGAAAUUUUACCUUCAUCAGAGGGUGGUGAUUGUACAAGACCAGUGUCAUCUUCCAACGGGGCAAUAGCUGGGGGCAUUGGAGUUCAGGAGUAUCAUGAGGAGUCCAUCGGGCAUUUUAAAAUUGAAAGAGAGGAAGGUGAAUUGUCCCCAAAUGGAGAUUUUGAGGACAGUUUUGCAGCAUAUGGAGAUGUUGGAACAGAGGCUGCAAAUAAAACGAGGGAUGGUUUUGUGAGCAGGCAAUAUCAAGCCAGACAUGGAGAAGAACUUAGUUGUGGAGAGGCCGGACAAGAGAAUGAUGCUGCUUCUGAUGAUGAAGGUGAGGAAAGUGAUCAGAGGUCAUCAGAGGACUGUGAGAAUGGUUCAGAAAAUGGUGAUGUUUCAGGCAGUGGGUCUGGUAUUGGAGAAGAUAGCUCACAAGAAGAGCGUGAAAAAGAUGGAGAACAUCAUGAGAAUGAUAACAAAACUGAGGGUGAAGGUGACUCGGAAGGGAUGACUGAUUCCCCUGAUGUUGAUGGGGAUGGUAUACUGUUGCCACUGUCAGAGCGUUUCUUAAAAACAGUUAAGCCUCUUACAAAGCAUGGUCAUUCAGCAUUACAAGACAGGAAACAUGAUUCUCGGGUUUUCUAUGGAAAUGAUUCCUUCUAUGUGCUUUUUAGGCUUCAUCAAACACUGUAUAGUAGAAUAAAAGAAGCAAAAUUUCAUUCCUCAUCUGCUGAAAACAAAUGGAGGGCUUCAAAUGAUACAAUGUCAAGUGAUUCCUAUGCCAGAUUCAUGAAUGCACUUCACAAUCUACUGGACGGUUCCUCUGAUAACGCAAAGUUUGAGGAUGACUGCCGAGAAAUUAUCGGGACUGCAUCAUAUGUUCUGUUCACAUUAGACAAGCUGAUUUUUAAACUUGUCAAACAGCUACAAACAAUGGCAACUGAUGAGAUAGACAACAAACUUCUCCAGCUAUUUGCAUAUGAGCAAUCAAGAAAACCUGGGAAUUUUGUCGAUGUAGUUUAUCAUGAAAACACCCAUGUCCUCCACGAUGAGAAUAUAUAUCGGAUUGAAUGUUCAUCUUCACCAACUUGUUUGUCAAUCCAACUUAUGGACUAUGGGCAUGAUAAAGUGCCAACUGUUUCUAUGGACCCCAAUUUUGAAGCUUAUUUGAUAAAUGACUUUCUCUCGGUUGUUCCUGCCAACGAGGAGAAGCCAGGGAUUUUCUUGAGGAGAAAUAAACGCAAAUAUGCCUGUGGAGAUGAAGUUUCUGCUACAUGCGAGGCUAUGGAUGGAAUUAAAGUUGUUAAUGGUCUGGAAUGUAAGAUUGCUUGCAAUUUGUCCAAGGUCUCUUACGUUUUAGAUACAGAAGACUUCCUUUGGCGAACAAGAAGAAAAAGGAGAACCGUGCCUCUGAGUAUUUCAUGCCAUGACCAAGCAAACUCUUCAAAUGGUUUUUCUGUUAGAGUUCAAAGAUUUCACAGCUUCCUGUUUAGUUCGUUAAAUUCAUUUCUUGGACACCAGAAGUAGAUGCGGUAUAUCUUCACAUUUUGAAGCUGGUAGAUUUUUCAUUUACAUACUGAUUUAAUCAAAGCAUGCACACCCAUGAUAACAUAACGUAAUGUGUUUUGCAUGACAAUUUAGGGUUUUUGAUACAUCUCACUGCACAAUUUGCUUGAAAAUAGGAGAAAAACAUUUUUCCUGAUGUCGUGUUUCUCAUGUUCGUCAGAAGAGAAUGUCACUCAUUUGAUAUGAUGUCGUUGGAGAUGGAAAAAUCGUUGGCGCCAUGACUAGGACGACGUUCAUGGAACUAUUUUUUCAUGUAUUUACAUGUUCUUUUGUUAGUAAUCCAAUAAAGAACGGAGGGGAUAUGGCUCAGAAGAUUGUAGUAUUCUGGUUGUGGCAUUUUGAGCUACAAUUUUGUAAAUAGAAGUUAUUUGUGAUGUAAAACACAGUAAUUUUUUGAAUGCAAUUCAUUAACACUAUUUGUUACUUUCAGAUGACCCUAUCAAGUGUUUCUGCUUCAAUGCCAGUCUGAAGCCAUGGAAACCUAUGGCUGGGGCCUGGGAGUAAAUAUUCAAUACUUGGUGGGGGGAAAGAAUCUUCUCUCCCCAGGUGCUGGCUUGGGAGAGUUGGUUACGAGCAUAGUCAACCCCCCAUCGUCGUUCCAUGGGUAUCACAGUCAACCUAGUGUAAUUACUAUUACAGGUACACUUAUAAUUUUUA